CACUACACGGACAUCUCCAUAUUCUCAGUCCGAUAUAGGAUGCGGCAGGGAUGAUCCCGGUACAGCGCGUCAAAGCUCAGCCUCAGCUGUGGCACAUGAGCGCGGAUGCUCCUCCGUGGCUCUGGAUGAUCCCGACCACCUCCGGACUGUGUCGGGUGACCGCGACUCCUCCGGUUCUCCUUUCCUCUCGACCUCCUCCGGUGAUGCACACGGUCCCGUUUCUGCCGGUGAUGCGCGCCGCCGCCACAGAAACCGCGAGCAUCAGUCAGUUCACCUUGCCCGGUGUUCAGUGGGAUUUGCCGUCCAGACCUUAUAUGUUGGGCUUCCAGCCGCCCACGGGUGUGGAUCUCCUUCCAGUGUUCCCGCAAGUGUACCGAACAGUCCUGCCUCCACACUAUGGCAAGAGAUGGGUGGAAAAACGUGUGCCUGACUACAAGUUUUAUCUAAACAACACUUUAGCCCUGGAGACCAACUGGAUUAAUCCAGAGGAAAUAGGAAUUUUCCAACGUCAAGAAAAGCCGGCGCUGCGGACAAAUCAAACAGCGUUGAGGAUAUGUAGGCCAGCCGCUGCCUCCAGGAAUAUCCACACACUGCUUUUGACACCCAGGCGCAUUUCAGGUUGUCCUGUGGCCAUCAAACGAGGAAGGUCUAAAGGAAUUACACUCGCAGCCAUGAUGGCGAUGGAAUCUGACUUGGCUCAGGGACCACAUGCGUCUUCUGCCCAUCCCCUCCGCCUGCUCUCACUAUCACCGCUCAAACUUCCCUUCCUGACAGCACCUCACACAGGAAGACGAAACACCUGGGAGAGUUUGCUGGGACCUGUACUGCCCUCUCACAUUACGGCGGUAACAUCACUUACCGCUCCUGGAGUGACCCUGCUCACUGGAAACUGGAAAGAGCAAAGAACUGCAGGUAAGAUACUGGAACUGAAGAAGACGCCCUGCAGAGAUGCCCUAGUUCUCCAUCACGAUCCAAACCCAGGGAAUAAAGCUGAGGUAGAGACGUUUAAAGUCGGUAUGGAUGAGGACAGUUUGCCCAGAGACAAGCGGCCUGUUGCAUCUACACCCAUACCAGGAUCACCAUGGUGUGUGGUGUGGACAGGAGACGACAGGGUUUUUUUCUUCAAUCCCACAAUGCACCUGUCAGUAUGGGAAAAGCCGAUGGAUCUGAAAGACCGUGGAGACCUCAAUCGCAUCAUAGAGGAUCCGCCACAUAAACGCAAGAAAGACUCUUUAGAUGACGGAUCAUAUUCUCCCUUUGCUGAUGAUGAUGACGACAACGACGAAGACUGCGGAUCAAAAACCAAGCGUAACAAGCUGGAGCACACUGUUGAGUGUGAUGAAGUGAGUGGAGGAAAAGGCAAUGAGAUGGGUUUACCACUGGAGCUUCGCAUCACUCACUUCAGAGACAUGCUGCUGGAACGAGGGGUGUCGGCAUUCUCCACAUGGGAGAAGGAAUUACACAAAAUCGUCUUUGACCCACGUUACCUGCUGCUGUGUCCGGAGGAACGUAAACAGAUUUUCGAUCAGUUUGUAAAAGCAAGAAUGAAUGAGGAGUACAAAGAGAAAAAGUGCAAACUUCAGCAAGCAAAAGAGGAAUACAGAAAACUGCUGGAGGAGUCAAAAAUCACGCCCAGAUCAACAUUCAAAGAGUUUUCGGAAAAAUACGGAAAAGAUCCACGAUUCAAACAAGUUCUCAAGAGGAAAGACCAGGAACUCUUUUUCACCCAGUUCAUCAACACGUUAAAAAAGCGGGAUAAAGAAAACCGACUGCGUCUGAGAAAGAUGAGAUGAGGACCUGUGGGCAUUGAACCCUUCAGCUGAUUCUCAGUAACUGAUUCAUCAUGAUCAGGAACAGUGUACAGUAUAUGAUGAUAAUAUCUGUCCACAUGUCUGACCGGAUGAUGGGAGCGAAACCAACGACAGCCGGUGUUAUUUGCUUUCCAAUGACUGAUUUUCAAACAAUGGAAGCGGCUUUAGGGAUCAGCUGCUUCUGAAUGAACUUUAUAUAAUUUGUUUCAUAUUGAAGCUCUUAAUCUCCAGUCGAGGUGUCUGAAUCACAACGCUGAACAUGAAUAGAGAAGUAAACAAAACAUAGAUGAAGCCAUUGACUUGUGCAUACAGGCAGAGAAAGUUGUUUUUUAAUAAUUGUAAAUAAAUGUUGAUUUCCCGGCGCUGUGCUUAAAGUGACUGUACUGUAGUGAAAGUUUUUUUUUUAUAAUUCCCCAUUGAAUCUAAGAAAUUGAUUAAUGAUGUUGUGCAUUGAUAGGUUUUGUCUAACGGUUUGUUGUUACUAAAUUUGUCAUGAGAUUGUAAAAUUAAAAAAGUUAAAAAUUAAAUAAAAGUUUGACAUUGUAAAGCUGAGAUUAAAGUAUUGCAAAUAUUUUGAGUUUUUGAAAGAUUUUGAGUUUUUUAAAGAGUGACAAUUAAAUCAAAUAAGUCUUUAUUCCUGUGCCCAUUAACUUAUCAUUUAAUUGAUUUAAUGCAAAGUCAUAUUGUUACCAUAUAACAACUACAAAUUAUAUGAUAGUAUGUUGAUAUUUUCACCUUUUGAUUAGGUUGGUUAAUUUAAAACAUUAUCUAUUUUUACCAUAAUACCUCAGU